CCAAUGUUUCUGAUAUGAUUCUUAUUUAAAACUUGAAAAAAUUAAGAGGCUUAUCAAAGCAACUGAUAUAAGAGUACACUUUAAUUCGUUGGUAAAUACAAGUGGCCACCACGACUCCUUAUCUUUUAUUUAUAAAAACAGUACUACAAGGAUAGCACGUGACUCACUUAUUAAAUUCAGAUUCCGUGUUUGUUUAACUCCAGUCGUGAAAUUUUUUUUAUCUAUACAGAGAUGGUGAUAUUUUAAUGUUAGUGUAGUAUGCAAAAAGCAGAUGGGAUGAUCUUAUACUUCGACAUAUGAGAUGUGACAAGAUUACAUUUUAUGCUUCAUUUCGUAUCAAGAUUAAUUGAUGAAUGAAUUUUGAAAAACAUCAAACCUGCAAACCAUGGAUUCUUUUCAAAACUUUCUGGAUAUUUUUAAAAGUGCUAAAGAAGAAAACAAUAGCACUAAUCUGACAGAAAUUUUGACAGACAGUAGAACGUAUUUUCAAAAUGUAUCAAAAGAUGAGAGUGAAUUGAUGUUAUCUAAAUUAUUCGACAAAGACACUGGGUUACUGUCGUUUCUUAACAAUGAACUUAAUAGAGCUAACACUAAAAAGCAUCUUGAUAAAGCAAUGAAGGAAGCAUUCAGUCUUCUUGAAUUCAUCAUAGAUCAGUUUUCUGACAUAUUUGUACCAUAUCUCAUUGAAACAAAAAAUAUAUGUCAAAGGACACUUAUAACACAAUGUUCAGCACUUAUUCGAAAAGCUGCAUGUAGUACCUUUAAAAAAUUAAUAGAAGAAUUUAGUGAAUAUGAAUUUGAAUUGGGUGAAACUGUAGAACAGUUUACAUCUUCAUUUCCUUUGCUUGACUUAAAAGAAAGAAGUUUAAUUUUUUCUGCACUUGGUACAAUUAUAAAAUGUAACCCAGAACUGUUAGAAACAGAAGAAUGUUCUCAGAAAAUUUUUCAGCAAUUAAGAAAUGAUUUUAGAAAACAGUUUAAUCCAGAAACUAUUGCCCGCUCCAUUGACACAUUUCAAAUAUAUUUAGAAGUCCUCCGUAAUACAUUAAUUAGCCUUCCAAAUGAAAUGAUAAUAAAAUAUUCUGAAGAGAUAUAUAAUUGGGUUAAAGAAUUAAGCAAACCUGAGAAAUAUUCAUUUAAAAAAGUUACAUUGAGGGCAGCAAUUGAUUUAUUGGCAACUCAUAUACAUCAUUUUCGUGAAUUUGUUUAUCAUGAUUAUAAAUAUUGGAAUGAGCUACUUUUAAAGGUUGCAGAAGAUAAAAAUGUACAAUGUAGCCGAUGUGCACAAUCAGGAUUACGACGCUUUUACAGAGAAAUGGGGCAUAUGUUAAACUAUAAAACUUCUGAUGAUGAUAAAGUAGUAUUUAUGUAUUUUAUAAGUUUCUUUGAGGAACGCUUAAAAAAUGAUCAACAUGUAAAUUCCAACAUAUUACGUUUUAUUGUGUAUGGUUUUAGUCAGAUGGCUGCAUCUUGUAAAAAAUAUCGUGAGAAUGAAGCCGUGAAAGAUAUGUUUUCAUUAAUAGCUCAUUAUGCAUUAACACUUUGUUCCAGAGAUAAUUUAGAACAAAUUCAAUUGGAAAGUAUUUCUACUUAUCAAGAGGCUCUUGCUGAAAUUAUAUUACAUAUAGAUGACCUAUCGUAUGAUCAGAUUAAUGUCAUUACAAAACUUAGUAUUCUUUUAGUUAAAAGAUAUCCCGACAUUCCUCUACUUCUUCAAAAUCUUGCAAUAUUGUCACUGAACAAUACAAUCAUUAGUAUUGGAACAGUUAGUAAAAGUAUUUUAGACGAAUAUCUCUACCAUUUAAUUCAUGAUGGUGUAGUGUGGACAUGUUCGCAUACUUUGUUAGUUGAUGCAGAAUUACAACGAGGAAUCGACGAUCUUAAAGAAAGUCCAGUAUCUUACAAAAAUUAUUUACAUCUGUGGUUAGAACUUCUGAAGCCAAAUAGAUACAAAAAUCACAGAAAUCUUAUGCAGCAAGUAGCUAAUUCAAUGAUAAACGUGGGUAUCGUACUAAUCAGUAAAUUAAACUUGAACACAAAAACAAAAGAAGAUACUAUAUUCUCAGAUGCUGCCUUCUCGCAAGUUGCUGAGAAUAACGCAGAUUUCAGAAUGUUCGUUAAUAUCGUGGAUUUGUACAUCGACAUAAUCAACGAUAUAGAACCUUGUUUGCUGACAAACACCCUACAGAAAUUUCUAUUGAAAAUCAUUAUUAUGUCGUAUAAACAUCCUCUGAUAUCAGGCUUUUAUAAAUUAGUACGUGUACUUUUUAACCACGUUUGCAUCUUUAGCAAAGACGAUAUUGAAGCAGAAGUCUUAGAAUUAUUACACAAAUAUUUAAUGAACGUAUUGCAUUUGAUAUCUACAUUCUCUAAUGAAUUAUUAACCACAUGUUUAAACUUAAUUCUAAAUACGCCAAUCCUUUUUGUGAAGCUUAUAUUAAACAAUACAAUUCCAGCAUUUAAAAUUGCUUGUACUAUUGGUUUAAGUGAUUUAGAAUUAGCCUGCACUACUUUAAGUGCAUUAGAACUAUGGACAAAUAGACUGGACAACAAAGAUACACAUGAGUUUUUGCAAGAAGUUGUGCCAUACUUAGAACCAUAUUUACAAAGCGGAGAAAGUUCUACGGAAAUGCUACAAGAUAUUAUAAAAACAGAACGAAAAGUUAUUAAACGUAUAAUAUUAAGGGAUGAUGAAAAUACUUUGGAAAGAUUUCAAAUGAGAGUUUUGUUAUUUAUAGCUUCGCUGGAUACCGAUAUAAUAUUAAAUUUUAUAUACAAAAGAUCUAUGAAUGUUGGAGCUACUUGGGAUAAGAAAGAUUUACUUAAGUAUUCAUUGACUUUCUCGGAUACUCAAGUGGAUAUCUGUUUUGAUAAAAUUUUACCAAGAUUAAUGCUAUUAGCACAGAAUUCUGGGGACAGGCGAAUAAAAAUAAGCGCUUGUGAAGUACUUCAUUCGAUAAUAUCAUUUAUUCUUGGCAAAACGACACAACAUUUAACAACAAAUGCAGAUAAAUUUGUUUCUAUAUAUGUAACAUUGUAUCCAGCUUUACUUAAUUUGGGCUGUGAUUUUGAUGAAACAGCUAGAAACAUUUUUCAACCAUUAAUACUUCAGCUCACGCAUUGGUUGAGUUCCAAAUUUAUGCUCAAAUCUCCAGCAACGAUAUACUUUCUUGACUCACUUUUCAGUGGUUUAAGUGACGAAUCAAACUCUUCCCUCAGAGAAUUUUCCGGGAUAUGUUUAGCCGAAUUUAGCAAAUGGUCUAUGAGACAGUCAGACGAUGACAGAACGCUAUUAAACAUUGAUGAGGUCAUGUAUAAAAUUAAGAAUUUUGCACUUCAUCCUUCUAUGUUUAAACGGAUAGCAGCUGCAACAGCGUUCAAUCACCUUUAUACCAUUCUUCGCGAAGAUGAAGAAAUUGUGUCCAAAUAUUGGUUGGAAAUAUUGUAUUACUUUGUCAAAAGUUUGGAUGGUUGUAAUGAUAUAUCAAUUAUUACUGCGCUCGAUCACGUUGAAAGAGUUCUGAUAGCAAAACACGAUUUACUGAAUGAUAAAUACAAACAUCGCAAAAAGCCACACGAAUUUGAAGAUGCAACAUUAACAGAUGCAGUAAACUGGUUAUUUACUCAAUGUGGUUGCUUGGACCAAAGUUGUAGAGCAAAAUGUAUGGAAUUAGUUACUAAAUUUUCUAUAUACGUAUCUGAUUAUGAUUCAACCAAAACAAUGAUAAAUAAUUAUAUAGACACACACGAAAUUGAAGCGUUUAAUCUUAUAAUCUUGCAGGAUCUGAAACCGAAGAUAGAAAUUCUUUCUUCUAGCAACAUAAUGCCUCUUUUGAGAAGUUUAGAUUGUUACAUUUGGCUAAUGAGAAACAAUCUGUUGGAUGUGGAGUAUUUACUUGGUAAUUCCAAUUCGAAACGAGAGGUAAUUUUCAAUUGUGCCAAAAAUUUUAUUUAUCUAAUGAAUAAAAUUAAAAUAGAAGAGAAAGAGAUUAAUUUAAUAAUGGUAUCAGAAGAAUUUGAUAAUUUACAGACGUUGCAAUGUAAAACAGUAACAACCACAUUUGAUUUUUUACAAAUUCUAUUAAGUCUUGAUGAAAAUUUCAUUCCAGAUUUCUUUUUCAACAAAGAUUGUUAUGAAUUAAUUGCGAAAUGCAUAAUGUGCCCAUAUGUUCUGGGAUUUAAUGUAAAGAAUUUUGAAAUCAUCGAAGCGCUUCCCGUAGUUAUGGGAAAUUUGUUACAGUCGAUUACGCGAAAGACUGAUAAUUCAUUAUGGCAUCUAAUUAAGUGUGAGCUUUUAAUAUACGCAGAGAAACACUUAAAACAUUUCCUAGAUUUGGAGACCAUUAUUUCUGGCCUAAAUGGUAUUGCUCUUAAACAAUAUGUCCGAGGUUUGAUCUUUUUGGAACGUCAUAAUCUUCUUGGACAACUACACAAUGUGACAGAAUAUGUCCAACAACCAGAAGAUAGAAUUAAACAAAUUUUCAAAAUCUUGGUAAAAGAACAGAUGAGGAAACUUGUUUGCAUAAAUAUCAAAGCAUCGGUGAAAGAUUAUCUAGAGAUUCUGAUGGAAUUUCUGUUUGUACAUUAUAAGCCAUCAAUGAUAAAGACAAUAAUCAAAUUGAUCGAGAAUGAUACAGAGGUUUUACAAGACUCAAAGAACAUUGCAUACGGCAUAUACUUCCUACAAAUGUUCAAGUACGAAAUAUUUAGAUACAUGUUAAUAGAUCCAGAACAAACUGUACAAUUGUUGAACGAACAAUUGCAAGGAAAUCCAUCUCUUUUCUUAACGAUAUUGGAGCAAUUAUUGUUGUUUGUGCGACAACAUAAAAAGGAAUUGCGCGAUAGUACGCAAACAUUAGUAAACAGUGUGAUUAAGAAAUUCACAUUAUUCGAAAACGUUGUAAAUAAUUUUGAAGAUAGGAAACAGAAAUUAAUAAACAUUUUUGGAAUUGCAGUGCAUUUGAUGCUCAAGCCAAUAGAAGUGUUGUCUCUGAAUAAAGAUUUUUAUCUGUGGAUUCUUAGUCAGUUGAUGGAGAGUUCUAACAUAGAUUACAACAUUCAAAUUCUUCAGAAUUUCCUCGUUUGUCUGACUGAUAUGACAUCUACUGCAAAACCAGAGUUACUUGUUAUUUUACGUAAUUUAAAAAGCUAUAGAACAGAUGUAAGUCCAAGUGACUUUGAUCAAAGAAACGUGAAAGCUACAAAAGUAAUUAAUUAUUUCCAAACAUUGUUAACAUUGUUACCAGUUACCAAAUCAGUUACAGUCUAUGAGACUAUCAUUUUAUUCGCAAUUGGUAUUGCUGAAUAUUUGUGUAAUGAAAAGACGAAUGAAUAUCUAGAAAAAUAUUUUAACUUAAUUACCACUGAAUAUGUUAUGCAGUCUAUUGAAUCAGCAUACAAAUUAUUUUUGAAAAAUUCACCUACAAAUGAGAGAUUCGAUAUAUUGCAUAAGUUUCUUUUACCAUCGUUUCAGUUUUGCAAAAUUCCUGAAACACGAGAAUUUUUUGAAAGAAAUAUCAAAGAAAUACAUACGAUCAUUUGUCAAAGCUUUAUUGGAAAUAGUUCAGAUAUAAAGCAGCUUGUAGUAUCAAAAAUAGGAUGUUAUAAUCUUAUUACAAUUAUGUUUGCAAAAAUAAAUAUAGGUGAUAUAGAUAGCACGGAAAGCAUAAUUACUCGAAAUGCUAUUGAUAGUGUGGCCACUGGAAAAGAACUUAUACAAAGUUUGUACAGCAAUGUAUUAAAUAUACGUACGUUAAAGACACCUGAUCCUGAACACAAAGAAAUAAUAAGAUUGUUGCAUUGUUCUGCAUAUAACUGUUGUAUAAGUAUGGUAUGUUCUUUAAAAAAAGACGAAAAUUCAUAUUUAAGUAUUUUUGCUGAGAACAGGAAGAAGGGACAGUUAAUUUGGGAAAAUAUUGUGGAUUGGAAACAAUAUAAAUUUAAACAAAUGGUUAAUGAACGUCCAAAAAAUAUUAAGAAAUUGAUUAAUAUACGAAAAAAGACGAACGAUAGAAAAACGUCUUCACAGUACUCAUCUUCUAAUUGCAAUGAUUUUUCUACUUGUACUUUGAAUGAAGAUAUAAAUGCUUAUGAUUUUAAUGAAACUACCUUGCGUAAUGUAUCCAAUACCGAAGAAGAAAGUAUGAGUUUAACUUUUGAAAGUGACGAGCUAAAUAAUCAUGAAUGUAUGGCUUCUAUCUGUGGAGUUUUUAACUACAUAGCAUCAGAAAAAAUAUCUGUACCAUCUACAGAUGAGGCUGAUGUUACAAUGCCAAAGUGGCUGAAGGCCUUUCUUAAUUCUGUGGUAUCAGCAGAAUGUAAUAACGUUAGGUUGUUCAUGUUGAAAAUUGUCUUCAAUAUGCAAGACGUGUUUAAAUCUUAUGUGAAAUUUUUUAUGGAGCCAAUAAUGUAUACGGUAUAUAUAUAUUUGAAAAAAAAUGGAUUAAACUAUAUUAUUCUUGACAUUGUAGAGAUGUUGCUAAGUUGGCAGUUUAUCUGUUCACGAGAUAAGAUUGAAUACCAAUUUAAUGCACACAAUGGUAAACUUAUAGUACAACAAUUCUGGGAAAUAAUAAUUGAUAAAGUAAUAAUAAAAAGAACCACAGAAGUUUCCAAAAGUGUCUAUAAGUAUAAUAUGAAGUUGAUAAAACGGAUACUUCAAGCAUGGAGUGAUUAUCUGAAAGUACCUGAAAAAUUAGAGAAUAAAAUGAAAGUUGCACCUGAAUCCACAGUAAAUUUGAUAUUAAUUUGUUUAGAUAGCAAAUUGAAGAAAGACAUCAUUCAGAGAAAUGACAUCAUAGAAUUUUUGGAGAAUACAUUGAAACAGUGGCAAACUGAUGAAGAAAAAAUUUUACAAACCUGUGAAUGUUUUGGUUUGAUCUUAGAGUUUGUAGAAGAUAAUGAUGAAUUAAGGGAAAGAAUAAUCGGUAACAUUCGAAGAAUAUUGAGAGAGAUGAAAACGAAAUUUGAAAGCAGACAAAUAAAAUGCAUUCUUGCACUGUGUAAAAAUUAUCAAAAAGCGGCUAAGAUUUAUUUUGAAAUUGCCUUUUCAAAUAUAUUCAAAGUGGAUGCUUUGAGUAGAUCAAAUUGUCUGGAAAUAUUUUUACACUGUAUACCGAGUCUUAGCAUAAAUGAAAUGUUAAAUGAACUAGAUUAUAUGAAGUUCGCUGAUAUAUUGAAGAAUAAGGUUUUACUUUGUGAGGAGGUAGCGUUAAAAAUCAUCGAUUCCUUGGCUCCUAUUCUUCCACCAUCAAAUAUUUUAACAUUUGCAAAUUUAGUACCACCAUAUACAAAAAAUGAAUUAUCUAAGUACAGAGAACUAGCUUACAGCAUAUUUAAAAGGAUUUAUAUAAAAUAUGUUACAGACACUUCUAACGAUGAUGAUAUAAAAAAGCUGAUGCUUCUCAGCACAGAAGUAUUGCUUAAUGGUGUUUUGGAUCCUUCUGAGACAUUACAAAACAAGAUACUGGACUUUUGGACCCAGGAUGCACAGUUAACAAAUACUUGUAAAGAAAGAUUACUUGAAAUUCUAUCCAAAUGCACACCUGCUGUUAGCAAUAAUUUUCUUCCAUUUAUACUUUUGAUGAUUUUAGACCUUCCUAAAAAGUCAAGUAAUUACAACGAGAAAUUGUUUGAACCUUUACACAAUUGUAGUUACAGAGAUUACAAAAUAGCUCUCUCGUGGAGAACUAAAAAUUUAGGAUCAAAAGCUCCACUCUUUGCGGCAUCAUUAACCAGCCAAAUGAAUCAGACGUUCACUCAAAUAAGCAGUGCAUUUACUUAUGAUCCUAAUACUCAACUACAACUUCAAGCGACUCAGGAUCUUGAAUUUGAACCGACUUAUAUCGACGGAGAAUCCAUGCAACCACAAGAAUAUGAUGGUGUAUUUAAAGUACCAGCAUUGCUUCAACCUUCUUCCAACAAAACCUCCCCACGGUUCAUAGCUAACUCGCAUGAAGUUUCAGCGACCGCACGUGAAAAGGAAAUACAAAAGAACAUCCAUCGGCAUCGAAUGAUAAAAGAGGAAAAAACUCGGCAAAGAAACAGCGUUAAAUUGUAUCGAAAAUACAGAAUCGGUGAUUUUCCAGACAUUGAAAUAUCACACGCCUCGUUGAUCGAACCAUUGCAACAAUUAGCAACGAAAGACUUAUUGAUUUGCAAGGAUUUAAUAGUUUCUAUCGUAUGCUCGUUAUUGAAAGAGAGCAAACACAACGAUUUUAUGGAGCAAACUGCGAACAGUUUAAAAGGGAUCAUUGAGAAUGAACAAGCGAGUUCCACCACAAGGGCGAUUUUGGAAAUACUGUUGGAAACUCGUAUAGUAAAUUGCUCGCCGGAAGUUAUCGCAAAGGCUUCAAGAUCCAACUGUUUGAACUUCCUUGGAUCACUUGUUCUAGAGGAAUACUUAAUUUAUGGUACGGAUGUGUCUGGGCCACCAACAAAGAAACCGCGAACCGAGGGUAUAAAUGAUUCAUCAUCUGAAUGGCUGCAGUUAACGAACCUUUAUCAGUCAAUGAAUAAUGUUGAUGUGGUCCUCAGCAUUUUUCAAAAUCACAUUACACACGAUGAUAUACGGACUGCCUCAUUUGCACAAAUAUCCAACAACUGGCUUAAAGCAAAGGUAGCAUACGAAAAAGCGUACGAAGUAGAACCGGAAUUGAUCAAAGAACAUUGUCUCCAAGGUUUGUUUGAAUGCUUAAGCAACUUGUGUACUUGGGACGAAAUCGAUAAGCACAUAAAAAAUAGAUUAAAUGAAAAUAUAAACAAUAUUUGGGACGAUCCCUGGAAAGAUUGGAUGUUCCCGUGGUUGUUUGAGGUAUUUGCUCACAAAUUGGUAAGUGGUAGUUAUAGUAACGAGUUUAAGGAUGAUAUAGAGGCAGUAGAGACUUGGUUGAAAGAUGAGAUAAAAGUGAAGCACAUCAAGCGAUUCUUCGGGGAGGAAUUAUCAAUGUUCUUCCUAUGGAACAAACAAUUAGAAGUUUCUAAUGACUUUUUACUGAACACUUUGGACGAGAUGAAGGAAGAAUGGAUCGAGCUUCAUCCACUUUCCACUCAAUUAAGAAUUCGUAAAUUGCAAACAUUGCGAAUAGUCAAUGAUGUUAAUAGAUAUAUAAAGCUGAUGAAAACGAGAGAUAAUGCAAGUGACAUGGAGAUUACUUUAAAGAUUUGGAACAGCAGCGUACCUUCACCUCAGGAUGCUUUACUUCCAUGGGACAAAUUAAUGUCCUAUAGAACAUCCUUUAUCAACUCGGUGCUGGAUGAUAAAUUAAAAGAAUUGGAACAAGAUUCAACGCAGAGCACGUGCGACGAAGAAGAGAAUGAAAUCAAUCAGAAAUUGCAAGCGGUUACCUUUAAUAUGAGAUUAAAAAUGGUCGAGGCAUCGUUGAAUCAGAAACAUAAAUACAUAGCAAAGAAAUAUUUAAAGGAAAUAGAGCAAAACAAACUACCAAAUGAAGAUAGCUUGCAACAAUUUUUAUUAUCCGGUGCAAAGCUGAAAUAUUUAAUGGGAGAACUUGAAACGAGCGUGGAAAAGAAAUUAUCAAAUUAUACCUCAUCCUGGAAGCAUUGUCAUAAUCUCCUGCAGAAAGAUAAUCUUAGCCCCGUAGUGAAUGUAGGUGUUAGAAAACAAAUUAGUAAUAUAGCGUCGAAACUUGUGAAAUUAAGCGAAGAGGAUGAAACGUUUUCAACAUUGUUGACGACAAACGCAAUUGUUCUGAAAGAUAUAAAGGCUGAGAAUAGUGACUUAGCUGCAAUCAAAGAUUCACUGGAAAGCUACAGUUUUAAUAACUUGGCAACGUGUUGCAGUAUAAAGGUAUCGAGCAAAGAUGAAAGUUAUUAUGCAUUCGCAAAAUAUUGUUAUGAAAAAUUAUCACGUGGCUCAAAAGAUAUUCAAUUGAUCAGAGAAUUUGUUAGGUGUACAUUGAAGGCAAUGAUACAUGGAUCUUGUGAAGCAGCACACUAUUUUCCUUGUUUGCUGAAACCUGAGUACUUUGAAGAUCAAGAGACUAAAGAUAUUUUCACGAAACACACCGAGCAUGUACAGACGUGGUUGUUCCUUUCUUGGCAAGCUCAGUUGUUCUCACAUUUGGGAACAUCUAUAUCUCCAUUGAUCAUACCGAUUCUCAAACGAAUCGCUGAAACCUAUCCUGAUGCUAUCAUUUAUACGUUUCACUUGACCAUGGAAACGAAUCCGGUUCUUUUGAACGAUGCCAGGACGUACGAGAUCAGACAAAUUCUUUAUAACAGACCAUGGAUCGAGCGGUUCUUAGCGGCAAUGCAAUAUGUGGUUCAACCAGAGCUGUAUUUGAUAUAUUACUUGGCGGAGCUAAUUAAAAAUUUACCACUUGGAACAUCCACAGCUAUAGAUAUAUUUAUGAAUAAGGUAUAUCCAAAUCUGCGUGCAAACAGGGAUAGUAUAAAACCAGGAAGCAUCUUCAACGAGAUUACCAAAUAUAAAAAUCAGAUAAAGGGAUUAGAACGCAAGAAACCUGAAGAAAUUAAACGACAAAUAGCUCAGAUGGUUGAACAGAUUAAGGAAUCACUUAACAGACGCAAAAAUAAAUAUAAGCUGAUCGAUUACAGUCCAUGGUUGUAUAAUUUUUCAGAGAAAAACAUAGAAAUACCUGGACAGUAUACCGGUAACAGGCGACCCAUUCCUCAAAAUCAUGUGAAAAUUAUGAAAAUAGAACCUUCUGUGAAGGUGAUGCAGUCGCUAAGGAAACCAAUUAGAAUUACUAUGUUAGGUAACGACGGUAAAGAAUAUUAUUUCUUAGUGAAAUUUGGAGAGGAUCUGAGACAGGAUCAAAGAUUGCAACAAUUGCUUUCAACUAUGAAUAAAAUAUUACACGUUGAUCCGGCUUGUAGACAAAGGCAAUUGUCUAUUGAUACUUAUCAGGUAAUUCCACUGUCCAGAACUGUGGGUCUUAUACAAUGGGUAAAUAAUACAAGAACUUUAAAUGAAUCAAUAUACUUUACAUUGUCAAGCCAAGAGACAAGUCGAUGCAAUUCCAUACUUAAAGAGUAUGUAGAAUGGAUACGAAGUGCUACAAAUUCCGGAAGACAGCACGAGUGGUACAAGGAGGCAGUAAUGAAAUAUAAUGCUGUAAAAGUGACUACUAAAAUGAAUGAACUUAUCGGUAAAACAGAAUGGGACAGUUUACGUAGGACAUUCAGUGCAUUGUGUCCAACAGUAGAGAGUUUUGUUACAAUGCGUCAGAAUUUUAUCACCUCUUAUGCUACUAUGUGUAUUGCACAUUGGACCUUAGGUAUCGGUGAUCGACAUUUAGAAAAUACACUUAUCAAUGUCGAUUCAGGACGUUGUUUAGGCAUCGAUUUUGGGCUGGCUUUUGAUGCUGGCGUUGAUCAAAGAAUACCUGAAUUGAUGCCUUUCCGUUUAACGCCUCAGAUUCUGGGUCUACUGAAACCUUUCAGUAAAAAAGAUCUUUUGGGAGCAAUAAUGAUUCACACUUUACGUGCAAUAAGAAAUGAACAAGGACCUAUAUUAUCUUGCAUGGAUGUGUUCGUUCAUGAACCAUUAAAUUGGACUGAACACAUCAAUAAAACGUUAAGAGAAAAUGAAGAGGAUGUUGCAGAUGUCAAAUGGGUACCGAUGAAAAAAAUUGAAGCAGUCAUAAAGAAAUUGAAUGGAAUUAAGCCAUCUUUAAUCACGUUAGAUCAAUUAAAAGAACAACAUAAUGAUGCAUGUAUUCAUAGAUAUCGCGCUAUAGUUACUGGUGAUGACGAUAUUAAACGAACUCGAGCUAAAAUGAAGGAUAAUUUUUUAACUCCCGAAGAACAGGUUGAAUGCUUAUUAGAUCAAGCAACUGAUUUUAAUAUUUUGGGUAGGACAUCUGCGGGAUGGAGACCAUGGCUUUAAAAUGUUUAUAAUGUACAGUAAUGCCUUUCACGUUGUCCCAAUGUUGUUCUACUCACUUUGUCCACCGGUUUCUCUUUUACUUGUCGCCGGAAAUCAAAACCAGCCGCAAGGCUCAAGAAAUAGUAAUUGUCCAUUUUCGCUGAUUUUCACUUCCCAGUUUACGGUCAACGUGAGAUGUAUUACCGUAUUCGUAGUACUUUAUAUUUAUACUUAAGAUAUACAUUGAAUACUUUUUUACUGUUACUACGUUAAUAUUCAUUA